AUGGAGGCGUUUUCUGCCGUGCCUCCCCCAAGCCCUCCACUUUCGCCCUCGAGGCGGAAGUGCCGGGAUUUUGCGCGACGAUGUGAACACCUUUGCUGUAACUUGUGUACAUAUUUUCCGUUGGCAUUUGUCUAUGGGCUUACGACAUGGUCUGUGUAUGUGGAAGCAAGGAUGGGAAUGCAACCGGCGAAGUCCAGGUGGAUUGGGCCUUGGACGUCGGCUCUUGGAAUAAUCUUUUAUCUCCUUUCAAACGCAUCGUAUACUAUAGCCGUCUUCACAGACCCCGGCUCUCCUUUAACGGGACCUCGGACGAGUAGUCGCGGGAACCGACAUGACUAUAGCUCUCUUCCCACAACGGAAACGCCCGAAUAUACAUCCCUGACCGUAAGCUCGACGGGUGUUUCUGCAACUUGGGUUUGGACGGAGAUAUUGAACAACUCUCGUUAUAUCGAUUCAUUCGGCCCGGUCACCAAUAUUCUCCUGGCCGUCAUAGCUGGGGUAAUCGGCCUUGUUUUAUCUGCAUUCACAGCCUGGCAUAUCAGCCUUGCAGCGCGAGGCAUGACAACGAUAGAAUGUUUAGAAAAGACUAGAUAUCUCGCACCCAUCCGCAAAUCGUUUGACCGUCAAAGGCAAGAACGAGCCAGCGCUGUUAACGGGCACAUGAAGCACACCCUUGGCCAUACUUUCCAAACCUAUGGUCACCAACUCCUUGAUGCGCAUGCCAACGCUAUUCCCGGCGUGACACGCGCAGAGGAAGGUGAAGAGCGCAGUUCGCCAACCGUUCCACAACGACAUUUCGAUCCCGAGCACGCCCAACCGUACGCCCAAAACCAAACUCUAUCCCCCGCACAACAAUCCCUUUACCACUCCUACGAAGAGCUCGAACAUGCUCGCGAAAGAGCACGAUACGACGAAUACUUAGACGAACAGGACGGAGAAAAGCUCCCUCACGCAUUUGACCUCGGAUGGCGCCGGAACCUGAGGCAUCUCUUCGGUACGAACCCUCUGCUCUGGUUUCUGCCCAUAUGCAACACCACCGGAGACGGCUGGCAUUGGGAAGCUAGUACCAAAUGGCGUGAAAUAAAGCAACGAAUAGAGGACAGGAGAAUGCAACGGUGGCGCGAGCACCACCAGCAUCCAAUUGCUCUCCCGCAACGGCCUUCAACACUAUCAGAAACCUGGCAAUCCUCUGGCAAUACCCCAGGUGGUGGGGGAUACGGCGAUGUCUCGCGCCGCGCUACUGAUAACCAAGCCUUGGGCGGUAGAGCUACGGAUGCACAGCGGCCCGGCACGGGGCUUUCUAUGAAAACUCUGCGGCCCAUGUCUCCCCGCCCCCGUCCCGGGGAAGUGACUUCGGAAGACGACAGUACGCCCGGUAGCCAGCGGAGCGAGCUUGAUGAACUUGGGCGGACUAGCGGAGGCGGCCGGGAUGAGUGGCGCGAUUGGGAUUGA